AAAUCAACUACCAACGGCUACCUCACGCUCAAGGCAGCUCAACCAGCACAAGGAUAUGAUCUUGUGAAGAUUUUGAUGAUCCUGUACAACGGCGCCAUGGUCAUUUACUCUGGUUUCCUGGUCAUUGAGACGUUGAUCUUGAUUACCAGGGCCGGUUACAAUCUUGGCUGUGUCCCCGUGGAUAAAAGCAACUCAGAACUUGCGAUACGGAUGGUUAAUGUAGGCUAUCUCUUCUACUUGUCCAAGUUCGUUGAAAUGCUGGACACAGUCUUCUUCUUGGUGCGAGGAAAGCUGGAUCAGGUUACCUUCCUGCACGUGUUUCACCACGCUGCGAUGCCGCCGUCAAUAUGGCCGGGGGUGAAAUAUGCUCCAGGUAGGUUCUAUGAUAUUUGUCCCCUUAUAUGA